AAAAAGAGGAUUGAGGCUCCACCCCACAUCUUCUCCAUCUCUGAUAACGCCUAUCAGUUCAUGCUCACUGAUCGUGAGAAUCAGUCUAUCCUUAUCACUGGAGAAUCCGGUGCAGGAAAGACUGUCAACACCAAACGUGUCAUCCAGUACUUUGCGACAAUCGCAGUGGCUGGAGGAAAGAAAACUGAGCAAGCCGCUGGAAAGAUGCAGGGGUCGCUGGAAGAUCAAAUCAUUGCAGCUAACCCCCUGCUGGAGGCCUAUGGUAAUGCCAAGACUGUGAGGAAUGACAACUCAUCCCGCUUUGGUAAAUUCAUCAGAAUCCAUUUUGGAACAACUGGAAAGCUGGCCUCAGCAGAUAUUGAAACAUAUCUGCUGGAGAAGUCUCGAGUGACGUUUCAGCUGUCUGCUGAGAGGAGCUACCACAUCUUCUAUCAGCUCAUGACAGGCCAUAAACCUGAGCUGAUUGAGGCUCUCCUCAUCACCACCAAUCCAUACGACUAUCCCAUGAUCAGUCAGGGUGAAAUCACUGUCAAGAGUAUCGAUGACGUUGAGGAGUUCAUGGCCACUGAUACUGCCAUCGACAUCCUGGGCUUCACUGCAGAUGAGAAGGCUAGCAUUUACAAGCUGACUGGAGCUGUGAUGCAUCACGGAGCCUUGAAGUUCAAGCAGAAGCAGCGUGAGGAGCAAGCUGAGCCCGAUGGCACUGAGGUUGCCGAUAAAAUCGCCUACCUCAUGGGCCUGAACUCAGCCGAUUUACUGAAGGCAUUGUGCUACCCAAGGGUGAAAGUCGGAAAUGAGUUUGUGACUAAGGGCCAGACUGUGCCUCAGGUCAACAACGCUGUCAUGGCUCUCUGCAAGUCUGUCUAUGAGAAAAUGUUCUUGUGGAUGGUGGUCAGAAUUAAUGAGAUGCUGGAUACCAGACAGCCCAGAAGCUUUUUUAUUGGUGUCCUGGAUAUUGCUGGGUUUGAAAUUUUUGAUUUCAACAGCUUGGAGCAGCUGUGCAUCAACUUCACCAAUGAAAAACUGCAACAGUUUUUCAACCACCACAUGUUCGUCCUGGAGCAAGAGGAGUACAAGAAAGAGGGAAUUGAAUGGGAGUUCAUUGAUUUUGGUAUGGACUUGGCUGCCUGUAUUGAGCUGAUUGAGAAG